CACUGCUUUGCUUCUUCAUAAGCACUUGCUGCAUUUCAGGAAUCCGUCUCCGCCCCUGUCUGUUUGUUUGUUUGUCUCUGCGCCUUUGCAAUCUCACCAUUCCGGGCUGUCCCCUUCGUAUUCUAUCAGGUAAGGAGAGCGGAAAUGGAUUCCGUUGCCGCUGUUCCCUCUGCGUUGGUGGAGAAGAAGAGCAAUGCGGCAGGCCGGGAAAAGUUUAUGGACGUUUACCAGCAGCUGAAGAAGGAGAUUCUGUCUGAUUCCGAGCUUGUCACAUACACGGAGGAGUCUCGUGCUUGGGUUGAAGAGAUGCUGGACUAUACUGUGCCUGGAGGAAAAUUGAACAGAGGUUUGUCAGUCGUCCACAGCUUGGAACUUUUGAAGAAAGAUACACCACUUUCUGAGCAAGAUACAUUCAAUGCGUGUGCCCUUGGUUGGUGCAUUGAGUGGCUGCAAGGCUACUUCCUAGUCAUGGAUGACAUUAUGGACAAUUCAGUCACUCGUCGAGGACAACCUUGCUGGUACCGCGUUCCAAAGGUUGGCCUCAUUGCUAUCAACGAUGGAAUAAUCUUGAGAACGCAUAUCUCUCGUGUUCUGAAGAGACAUUUCCGGCAGUCCCCAAUCUAUGUGGAACUUGUCGACUUAUUCAAUGAUGUCGAGUAUCAGACAGCCUCUGGACAGAUGUUGGACCUGAUCACCACUCCAGCAGGAGAAGUUGAUUUGUCGAAAUAUGUAUUACCCACUUAUCUGCGAAUCGUAAAAUACAAAACUGCAUAUUAUUCAUUUUAUCUUCCUGUGGCAUGUGCCUUGCUUUUAGCUGGGGAGACGAGCGUGGCCAAGUUUGAGGCAGCUAAGGAAGUCCUUGUACAGAUGGGCACAUACUUCCAAGUCCAGGACGACUAUCUUGACUGUUACGGCGCGCCAGAAGUGAUUGGAAAGAUCGGAACUGACAUUGAAGACACUAAAUGUUCCUGGCUGAUAGUUCAAGCCUUAAAGCGUGCCAAUGAAUCCCAGAAACAGUUAUUGAAGGAAAAAUAUGGAAAGAAGGACCCAGCGUGCGUAGUUGAAGUAAAGCGCGUUUACAAUGAACUUGAACUCCAGAAAGUGUUCGAGGACUAUGAACGCGACAGCUACGUAAAGCUUAUUGCUGACAUCGAAAAGUUAGAUGAUCAAGCCUUGCAAGUGGUUUUGAAAUCAUUUUUGGCCAAAAUCUACAAGCGCGAAAAGUAGGGUACGUAAUCCUAUUUGGAAGAUGGCAACUAUCCUCGUUAAGAUCUUUACUCGAGGCUUUUCCACUUGGAAAGAUGUGACGCGAGCAGCUUGCUGGAGAUGUUUCGGUCUUGCUGCGAUCCUUGCGCUGCAAUACCCGACUUUCACUAGUGUGUGCUAUGAUAGCCUUGUAUUCACACCUUUAGAUCUGCAUGAUCAAGGAAACGAUUCCUGCUAGUCUAUGGUGAUAACCAAAGAUUAUUUUCGUUAGUAUUUUGCGAUAUAUCGCCUUAUUUUUUGUUUCCUGCCAGAAUGGCUCCAAGUUAAAAAGAUUCCUCUCCAGAGAUAUAUUGCAGAAUAUCUAAUUGCAUUAUGGUUAGCUUUUGGAAGCUGUUUUUUAUGUCAGAAUUUGUACUUGGAAAAACAGCAUUUACUCAGCAUAACUCUUCUGAUAAAUCGAUCGAAA